ACUUAAUUGACACUUCUGCCUGGACGAAAUCUUUUCCUUGAAGUAUUGCCUUACACUGGCUAUUGGAUCAAAGACGCGCUCUUCGUUCACUAUUACUAUAAUAUAUCCAGGUGAUAUUGAGAAAGAGCCACGAUGACGUCUAAAACCAUUGUACCCAACCAGCAAGAUGAAGACGCCUAUGAAGAGAAGAAUGUGCAUGAGGUAUACCAGCAGAUCGCACACCACUUUUCAUCCACCCGCUACAAACCUUGGCCUAUUGUGAAACAAUUCCUCACUGACCUGAGGCCUGGGUCGAUUGGCCUAGAUGUUGGGUGUGGCAAUGGCAAAAACCUCGGCGUAAAUAAGGAUGUCUUCAUUGUAGCUUCAGAUCGGUCUGUUAACCUCGCCCGCAUUGCUCAAGCUCACCAACCACAUUCGACUGUAGUCGCCGACAUCCUCUGCCUCCCGCAUCCCGAUUCUGUCUUUGAUUUUGCCAUUUCGAUUGCUGUGAUUCACCACUUGUCCACCCCAGCACGAAGAGUCAGUGCCAUCCGUGAGAUAUUGCGGACACUGAAGCCUGCCUCCGAUACUACGCCAGGCGGAAGAGCUCUCAUCUAUGUUUGGGCGCUAGAGCAAAAGGAUAGCCGUCGUGGAUGGGACAAAGGCGACCAACAAGACCGAAUGGUCCCCUGGGUUAUGAAAGGCAUUGCUUCUGCUGACAGCGAGCCCCAGGUGUUUCAUCGCUACUAUCACCUCUACCAAGCCUCGGAAUUAGAACAGGACAUCGUUGAAGCAGGUGGUUAUGUCCUUGAUUCAGGAUAUGAAAAGGAUAAUUGGUGGGCGAUUGCGACACGCCCAGAUUCCAAGUCGAUGUAAGAUGCGCAGAGAGGUGUAGUAGCUUGCCCGAGGUCCAGCCUCAGAGAUGACGCCGUAUCACAUUAUCAUGGCCAUGCAUG